GUUGCGAUUGCAAAAGAGAAGCUGCAAUUGCAAAAUUCUCCCCUUCUCCUGCCCUGAGCUCCCCCAACAAGAACACACCCACUUGCUCUCUCUCUCUCUCUCCUCGAAUUCUGGCGGCGUCGAAGCGUACAUGGACAGAGCGGAGGGUCAGUCCUCGGAGCCGGGCGAUUACGCGGCACCGGCCCAGGAUGACAAUGUGCAAACUGCAUCCGGGCAUAAUUCGCGAAGGCCAAACCUUUCUUUGCAAAUACCAGCUAGGACCCUGGAUAACCAAAUAGGCAGUUCAGCGCGAAUUAAUAUAUCUCCUAGUCCCAGUUCAACGAGAGCAGGAUUACCCCCGAGGCCUAAUUCAACUAGAACAAAAUCUUCUCUGAAGAACAUCAUUCCACAACAGAAUUUCCGGGCAAGAAGUUCAGCACAGGAAGGUGAUCGAGCUAUCCUUCUAACUCCUGGGACAACAUCAGAAGGGCCGCUGGAUAAUACAUCUGCAUUGAGAUCCUUUUCUUUUAGAAAGGUCAUAAACUCGUUAUCUGCAAAACGCACGCAUUCUUUGCCGGUCACGCCUAUAGCAACUGCAGACAAAGCUUCUCCUCCGGGAAUUCAGAUCGACAAUGUGCCAACCACAGAUAAUCAAGAAAUUCAAGCAAGAAUUAGGCGUUCACUUUCAGCACCAGGAAAUCGUAAAAACAGGAGUUUGAGGAGGGCAGAUUCGUUAGGUGUCAUCCGUGUGAUCCCAACAACUCCCCGGCCUAUCCCAGCUGAUACAAUUGCAUCAAGUGAUGGAAUUGAAGAAACAGUGGAUGGUUCUGGAGAUGAAGGUGAAGAUAUUCCUGAAGAAGAGGCAGUCUGCAGAAUUUGUCUAGUUGAACUAAAUGAAGGAGGAGAAACACUUAAAAUGGAGUGCAGCUGCAAAGGGGAACUUGCCCUUGCACACCAAGAGUGUGCUGUCAAAUGGUUCAGCAUCAAGGGAAACAAGAUAUGUGAUGUCUGCAAACAAGAAGUUCAAAAUUUGCCUGUCACUUUAUUGAGAAUACCAACUCAAACUGCUAACAGGCGUGUAACAAAUGGUGCUCAUCAAAGAGCUUCUCAACAAUACAGAUUUUGGCAGGACAUUCCAAUUUUGGUCAUGGUUAGCAUGCUUGCAUACUUCUGUUUCUUGGAACAACUUCUGGUUACAGAUUUGCGAUCACGUGCACUGGCAAUUUCGUUGCCUUUCUCAUGCGUUCUGGGCCUCCUUUCUUCCAUGAUUGCAUCCACCAUGGUAACGAAGAGUUAUCUAUGGGCGUAUGCUUCGUUCCAGUUUGCUAUUGUGAUCCUGUUUGCUCAUAUCUUCUACAACGUGUUAAAAGUAAAUCCAGUCCUUGCAGUCCUACUAUCUUCAUUCACUGGGUUUGGAAUUGCUAUUAGUGCAAACUCUAUGCUAGUAGAAUACUUGAGGUGGAGAUCCAGGAGGAAUCAACAGUUAGCUCAAUCUGUUAAUGAUGGUCAGCGACAAGAACCUGCAAGUGAUGCUGUAAGUGAAAACAAUGGUGAUAGACAGCAAAGGCAGCAUCAAGAAUCUGGAGAUAACAUUGUAUGACCAUUCAGAUUAAGAAGUGCAAUGAGUGUGAAGAGCUAGCUUUGAUAUGUCCCGUAGUUCUAGCUCGUCGGACUUCAGAAUCACCGCUGCAAGGAUAGGAAACACGGAGCAAAUCUUCAGUGGCGAUACCAUAAGAGGCUGUGUGACAAUCUGGAGGAUGCGACAGAAAUUGUUAGGCAACCAAAGUAUCCAAUCCAAUGGGCAAGGUAUUAGUAUAGCCGUUUGACAUCAGAAGUGUGGUUUGUUCAGUGUAAGUUUAAUAUUACCUUCGUUUUUAACAUUAUAAGAUUUUUUUGGCCUCCUUUGGUAUUAGAAAAUUACAUCACGUAAGUGAGUUCCACUAGUGGGCUAGCCAUACAGAAAUAUAAAUGUCAUACCAACUUCUAGAGUUCCUUAGUCUGUGUGCGAGGAACAAUAGACAAGGCUGUUGGAUAUAGGUAUGUGAAGUAUAGUAUACCAGCUUAUACAGUUAUGUAGUCUGUGUGUGAGGAACAAUAUAAAGGCAGAGAAUUAUAGAUA